UACACGGGCACCUUGGAUUUCCAUCGUAUCAGCAGCAACCUCCCGGCCAACCUCACGUGUUAUCGAUGGAAUCGCCUCUGCCCCCGGUCGUCCAACGGGGUUUAGGCGAUCGUUCGAACGACAAACGAAAAAAUGCAGCGCUCGAAAUUGAAGCCCUUAUCAAAAGUCUACAGGAAGCCAAUAAUAUCGGGAUGAUACGUAGCGUGAUUACGGUUCUAUCGAACGAUUUUUGUACGAGCAUGAAUUCGAAUUAUCGAAAAGGUGGACUGAUAGGCUUGGCGGCCACGGCAAUCGGCUUGCAUCAGAAUGCGCGCAACUUUUUAAACGCAUUGUUGCCACCGGUAUUGCAUUGUUUCGACGAUCCCGAAGCGCGAGUACGCUAUUACGCGUGUGAAUCCGUUUAUAAUAUUGCCAAAGUAUCGCGGCAGUUCAUUCUGACCCACUUCAAUCAAAUCUUUGAGGGAUUGGCCAAACUCUUUGCGGACGUCGAUGUGGAUGUUAAAAACGGAGCAAAUUUGUUGGACAAGCUUGUAAAGGACAUUGUUACGGAAACGGAAACAUUUCACGUCGAGCAGUUUCUACCUCUGUUGCAAAAUUACAUUCGGAGAACCAAUCCUUACAUUCGCCAGUUGCUAGUCGGUUGGAUUACUGUGCUAGAUACGAUUCCUGAUAUAUCUAUGAUCGAUUACUUGCCCGAGUUCCUGGAUGGACUUUUCAAUAUGCUAAGCGACUCCAAUCGCGAGAUCCGACAAGCUGCAGACUCUGCAUUGUCAGACUUUUUGCGCGAAGUUACUGUCAGUGCAGUGGUUGAAUUUGGACCCAUCAUUUCUAUUCUAGUCGUUCAAUGUCGAUCAAAAGAGCGCUUGAAUCGCUUAACCGCCGAAACUUGGCUGUCCGAGCUUAUUCAUCAUCCCUAUUCCGGAGGCGAUGCUUUGUUACCCAUUCAAGCCGAAAUUCUAGGAGCUGUUCUGUGGUGCAUUUCCGACGAAGAGAAUGAGAUUCGACUGGUGGCUGAGCGAACAAACGAUGACUGCAUGACUAUGGUACGCGAAACCAGUAGCGAUUUCGAGCUCAAACCCUUGUUGGACACCCUUACGAAUGAAUUACUGCACAAAGAUGACGUGCCGACCAAAUUAGCGGCACUGGGAUGGAUCAACAUGCUCAUGGAAAAACGCAAGGCUGACAUGAACGAUUUUACCGAGGACUUGCUGCCUGUGCUUUUACGCACGCUUUCUGAUCCCAGUGAUGCCGUCAUUCUAUUGGAUCUGCAAGUAUUGUCGCGUAUUUCACUAGCCCAACAAGAUGAAUUGGGCUACGCUGAAGAGACGGAAGAGAUUCAGUUUCAAAUGGUACUAAACGCGAUCCUGAAUCUGUUUGCAAAAGAUCGGCGGUUGCUAGAAACUCGAGGAUCACUGAUUAUCCGCAAGCUUUGCGUCUUGCUGAACGCCAAGAGCGUUUAUAUUCGCAUGGCAGAUACCAUGGCAUCAUAUGAAAUGAAGGACGACGGUGAAGUAGCUGAUAUUGAGACUCUGCAGUUUGUGAGUACGAUGGUACAGACUCUCAAUUUGAUCCUUUUGACGGCUUCGGAACUUCAAGAUUUGAGGACCACUCUUGCGACAGCAUUCAUCGAAUCCUCCGGAGCAAGAUCGAAUGUAUUCAAGGAGGUGGAUGAUGACGAUGAUGACGACGGAGGCCACGUCUUCGCAACACUUUUCCACUGUUGGGCGCACAAUCCGAUCGCGACUUUCUCACUCUGCCUUUUGGCACGCACGUAUGAUCUAUCUUUCUGUUUAAUAAAGCGUUUUUCCGACAUGCCCGAUGUUUCGGUUGGAUUUCUGAUGCAGAUUGACAAACUUGUCCACUUGCUCGAAAGUCCUAUAUUUUUGCAGUUGCGUCUCCAGCUAUUGGAUGUCGAAUCUCCUUGCCAUGCACCUCUGCUCAAGAGUAUAUAUGGACUGCUGAUGUGUUUACCACAGGGCAACGCAUUCCGCUUGCUGAACGAGAGACUCGCCACGGUUUGCAACCUGCGGGACAAUUUAGGCGUCCAAGAAGCAAGUACUGGAGAUGGUAGUCCGGAUAAUCUGCCUUCAAUCGUAAGCCGGACGGGGCUGAGUAUGGAGAAGCUGCUGGAGCGGUUUGAUAAUGUAGACGAGCAGCAUCACAAGGCAAAAAAUCGAUCGCAGGGUUCCGUCGAACG